AUCGCUCCCAAAAUAUCCCCAGGCCAAUGAUCAGGUUGCAGUGUGCACAGGCUGCUGUGGGUUAGGUUUACACACACUGCUCUGGGAUUCUGUCUGUGGAAGACACUCGGGAUCCUUGUUACGUAUCAACAGGGUCUGAAAAAGCUGCAGACAAAAUGGUCAUCAAGGUAUUUGUCGCCACCCUUGCCGGAUCAACCGCGAUCAAAAAGAAACAGCAAGAAGUGGUCGGAUUUCUGGAAGCGAACAGAAUUGACUUUGAAGAAAAAGAUAUCGCGUGUAAUGAUGACAACCGGCAAUGGAUGAGGGACAACGUGCCGGGAGAGAAAAAGCCCAAGAACGGGAUCCCUCUGCCUCCCCAGAUCUUCAAUGAGGAGCAGUACUGUGGGGACUUUGAGUCUUUUUUUGAUGCUAAGGAAGGAAAUGAAAUCUAUGUGUUCCUGGGUCUGGCUCCUGCUGCAUCUGCAAAGGUUAGUGACACACCUUCUGUAAUUGACGAAAAGACAGAGGAAAAGCUAGAAGAGUCCGAUGCUAAUCCUCCUGAAGAGAAGCCGGAAGAGCCAGAAACAGCAAAAGAAGAGGCAGAAGAAGAAGCAGAAGCAGCUGUGGAGGAGGAAGCAGAAGCAGAUGACGAAGAAGAAGGUGAGGAAGAGGAGGAGGAAGAAGAAUCCUAGAGAUCAGCACUGUCUCUGGUUUAUUAUUCAGGCCACUGGAUACAAUUGUCACACAAAUGAACUGCACUCGGCCACUAAUCUAAUUUUUCCAAAAUUUGACACAAGGCCUAUCAUAGGGACUGAGAGCAGCCCUGCUAAGCCCCUUUCUGGCACUUUCACUCUUACUUCACCAGGGAUUUUCACAUGGGAUGAAAUCAUUGGUGGUGGUGAACUUUGCACUGGAUAUCCUCAGGAUUUCUUAUAUGCUGGGUAUUGUGGACAUGAUUUAUAAUAAAGUUAGAAAUAAAAAAGAUUUUCUUUUUCAAGGAGA